AUGGACAUCAAUCUCGAUAGCCAACAGAGGUACUCCCUCAUUACUCGUCGCCUCGAACUCCAGAACGGUUGGUGUGGCCAAAAGCUUCAGGAGCUUGUUGCCAACGGCAAAACGCAUAUUGGCUACUUCAUCCCUCUCAUCAAGUUUGCCGAUUUCAUUCGCGCCGGUGGAGAGGUGAGGGCCUCACCGGACGGAACUAGAACAUUACUGUUUGCUCACAUACUCCAGGUCACCGUUGAGUUUAUUGAUGCGUACGCGUUUCUGGUCAACUACAGGUUCCCUUGGGACCAGGUUCGCCAUCGCACAAAGUACUACAAAGCCUUGAUCUCGGCUGCCCUCAAAGCGGUUGGGGUUCCCAUGUCCGCGGUGUCAAUGGUGGAGUCGUCCUCGUACCAAAUGAGGCCAGAGUUCAUUGUGGAUUUUUGGAAAUUGUGUGCGCUCUGCUCCCAGCAAGACGCGCGCGACACUGGCGCAGAGGUUGGUGCAACCACGAUGUUGAGCCCAAUGCUCACCCCACUGCUCCAGGAACUGGGAGAGGAAUAUCUGGGGGUCGACGUGGAGUUCGGUGGAACGGAUCAGGUACACCCUCGCGGCAUAUUUAACUUGGGGGAACAGUUCCUGCCCGAAAUCGGUUACAAAAAACGAGUGCACUUGAUGAAUGAGUUGCUUCCGAGCUUGACUGGGGGCAAGAUGUCGUCGUCACAUGCGCCUCACACGAAAAUAAUGUUUCUUGACGAUGCAGCUACCGUGGAAAGCAAGAUCGCAGGUGCCACCUGCCCACCAGGCUGUACGCAAGGCAACGGCAUUUUGCCCAUUGUCGAACAUAUUCUCAUGCCUGUUAGUGAGAUCAGGAUGAACCAACAUAGAGCCGAGCUAGAGAACGGUGCAGGUAGACCCUGUGCCGGUCGUCUGGGUGCUUUUGCGGCAAAGGGAGCUCCUGAAGGUACCUUAUUCAGCAUCGGGAAGACUGCUGGUGCAGACGAAGGUCAUUCCCACCACAACUACUUCACGUUCGAAGAGUUGGAGAGUGACUACACUGCCGGAUUAAUUGAACCAGAAGCAUUGAAGGAGGCAGUGGCAAGUGCGCUUAAUCAUCUGCUGCAACCCAUCCGGGAGCUGUACAGCGAAGACGGAGACUGGCGGUGCGCUGACAAAAUGGGAUAUCCCGAAGAUUGGAGCGGACUGCAUGAGGCGGCCGUCUUGUGUCCUAAUGGCACAGGAAAAUGA